CAGACUACGAAGAAUAAAUACCGGAAAAAUUCAAGACAAUGUCAGAGACAACCCAGCCAGCUAAUCAACCGCAAGAAAUUGCCGAGAAAGUUGCCCCUGCGCAAACUUCUGAGCAAGUUCCCCCAAAGGUCGAUACAUCAUCCAGCGCCACAAAGAAUGCAGAGCCAACAACAGCAGCUGAACCUGUCGCACAAUCACCUGCAUCUAUACAAAAUACUCCGACCGAGGCUAAGCCACAAAAUGCUGCCGAUAGAGCAGUCAAUGGCGAACAAGCCGAGACGGCACCUUCACCAACCGGUAGAGGCGCUGAUAGAGUCUCAAAUGAUCAUCCAGAGCGUCUCCAAAAUGCUGACGCACAAUUGCAAAAUGAAGACCGCAGAACUAUUCUCAUGAAUGAAGGAAAAGACGCGAAACAAAUCGCGAAAAUCUUAGAAUCAGAGGCUAAGAAUGACGCGUCUGCACUCAAGAACGCACUCAAGGAUGCUGAAAAGGCCCACAAAAUGAGCGCAAAAGCUGAUAAAUCUAUCACACAAGCGAAUAGCCGAUUGGAGAAGGCGAUCAAGAACCACCACGACAUCGCUAAGAAGCUUGAGCGUCUGAAAAGUGACCAUGAAGCAGCUGAGCGUCAACGUGAGCAAAUGCACAAAGAACUCGAGUUGAAGAAGCAACACAAAGCCGAGAUCGACGCACUCGUUGACGAACGUAUGGAACGUGUAGAAAAGCUCAAGAACGGUAAAGCUAUCUUAGAUCGCGAACGUACAGUACAACGUCGUAGCACCAUCAACCCAAAGAAGUAAUGAUAUAAUACUCUAAUCUACCAGUUAAUGGACUUUAAUAUAAUGUUUUAAAUUCUUUUUAUUUAAUAUUUUUAUCUUCUUCU